AUGAUCCAAAAUGUAGCCAACGAUGUCAGUAGCUCCGUACAAGGUGCCGGACAAGCUGCUGGAAGCUGGGUGAACGAGGCUAAAGACAAUACGGAAAACUUUUUCAACAACGAGGUGAAGCCGAACGUCGAGAACAUGACCGGAAGCGCUGCGAAUUGGGUGAACCAGGCAAAGAAUAACACUGAAAACUUUUUUAACAACGAGGUGAAGCCGAAAGUCGGCAACAUGACGGAAAACGCCAAAGACUGGGUGGAAAACCAGGGAAUGCCGGCCGUGAAGGGCGCCUGGAAUGAUACGAGCAACUGGUUCGAGCAGGCCGGGCAGGCGGUUGGCCAGGAGGUGAACAACGGCGUCAACACGGUCAAGCAGGUCGUA